AUGAUGCUCGAGCAUGUAGUUUUUUCAAGUGUAAAUUUGUUUUCUAUUAUUAUUUAUGGACUGAUCACGAGUUGAAGCAUGGCUAGAAAAAUAUGUAUUUUGAGCCUAUACUAUUUCUUUUUAAUAUUAUCUUGUCACAAUUUCUGAUUUAUUUAAUAAUUACAAGUUAAAAGGAAAUACUUUCUCAAUUUUUGUUAUUGUUAUUUCGGUGGCUGAAGCAGCUAUUGUUCUAGCCAUAGUCUUGUUGAUCUAUCAUACGAGAAUGAACAUGUAUGAAUUAAUAAAAUUUUCUGAAUAA